CCCCCACAUCACUGCCAAAUUUCUCUCUCGCGCAGUGAGUGCGUGUCUACGGGGUCAAUUGCUGCAAAUGAUGAACUCUCGAGAUAUAGUGCUGGUUUCAACUGCCACAAUUUUUGGUGCGGCGGCUUCUGCUAUCGCAUUUCGCCGAUUUUUCCGCUCCAACUUCCGCAAUAAGCGCUUCUCUGCAAACGGCGUCGUUGACGGGAGGAAACCCUCUCCACAGAACCCGUAUGAUCCCACCAAACGAAAAGGAUAUUUGUCAUGGGAUGAUUAUUUUAUGGCUAUUGCAUUUCUAUCCGCUGAACGAUCCAAGGAUCCUAACAGGCAGGUUGGAGCUUGUUUGGUGAGUCAAAAGGGCAUCAUUCUUGGCAUCGGCUACAAUGGGUUCCCACGUGGUUGUUCAGAUGACAAGCUUCCCUGGUCUAAGAAAUCCAAAAAUGGGGACCCCCUAGAGACUAAGUACCCUUAUGUAUGCCAUGCUGAAGUCAAUGCUAUCUUGAAUACAAAUCAUGCAUCUGCUUCGGGACAAAGGCUUUAUGUUACUAUGUUUCCUUGCAAUGAAUGUGCAAAGAUAAUUGUUCAGUCAGGUGUCUCGGAAGUUAUUUAUUAUGUGGAAAAGAGGUUGGAUAAUUCAGAAACCGUCUAUGCUGCUUCUCACAAACUUUUAUCCAUGGCUGGUGUAAAAGUAAGGAGACAUCAACCACAAAUGGAUCAGAUUUCGAUCAAUUUCAAGGAGUUUUAGAUGUACAUAUGAUGGCUGCAGUCGCACGCAUGAACAGAGGCAACAAUACAAGACUGAGAGUGAAUGUUGCUUGCCAUGAAAGAGGGAAUGGAUGCCUAAUGAAAUGCAGAGUAAGGCUUUUAGCUAAAAUGGUUACUGCUUCCGGAGUUUUUAAGGAUUGAACCUCCUAUUGUAUUCUUGUAAUUGUAAUGCACAUGUUGAGAUUCUAUAUUUGUAGUCCCAACUGUGGUAUUAUGUAUAAAGUACAUUUGGUUUGA